AUGGGUAACAUCAAGGAGGACAUCGAGUCCACCAAGGCCGAGGGCCUAGUAGAGAAUCAUCAUUACAGAGAUGCCAUCUUGCCGCCAUGGAGAUUCUGGCUGCUCAGUAUUGGACUCUGUCUUGGACUGUUCCUUUCCAUGUUGGAUGCUUCAAUCGUGGCAACAAGUCUGUACACCAUUGGCACAGAGUUUGACUCGGUCGACUUGAUCAACUGGGUUGCACUCGCAUACACGCUCACAUACCUAAGUUGUGCCGUCUUGGUGGCUCGAGCAUCCGACAUUGUUGGCCGCCGCAAUGCCUUUUUGGCAAGCUUCAUCAUCUUCUUCGCCUUUUCCCUGGGCUGCGGGUUUGCCCAGAACUUGGAGCAGCUGGUUGCAUGCCGUGCCCUGCAAGGCUUGGGUGGUUCUGGUGAGAAGAGAAUGCUAGUUAUCGUCAAGUCAUUUGCUAAGUUUCCGCCAGGCCUUUAUUCCAUCACCAUGAUUAUCUUUCCUGAGGUUGCCCCCAAGCACUUGCUUCAGUACAUGUCCAGCCUCGUCGGCAUGGUCAUUGCGAGCGCCGGUGUGCUUGGCCCAGUUCUGGGAGGUAUCCUUACCCAUUACGCCUCUUGGCGGUGGAUCUUUUGGAUCAAUGGUCCCGUUGGCUUCGUCUCAAUGCUCAUCUUCUACCUGACAUGGCCCGACGCUAAACACCUCCCGACGCUGCAACGUAGACGCUGGAAGGAGCUGGAUAUCGUGGGCUCCUUUCUUCUCGUUGCAGCAUCAGUUCUCGUUGUCUUCUCCUUUCAAAAUGUCGGCUCGGACGGCAAUAAGUGGCGUCAAGCCGUCUUCAUCGCCCCCGUUACCGUCGGUGGCGUAUGCUUCAUUUUAUUGUUGGGAUGGGAGGCUCUCGUCGCCAAGUUCUGGAGCAGCCGCAUCAUGGCCGCUAUUCCGAUGCGACUUCUGCGCAACCGUGUCUACGUCGCCACAAUCCUCAACACGAUGUUUCUCGGGUUUCCGUACCUCCUGGUCAUCUACGCCUUCCCUGUCCACUUGCAGAUCGUCAACGGAAAGAGUUCGUUGCUUGCGGGUAUCCUACUUCUCCCCAUGCUAGGCUCUGUCGCGCUAGGAACCACUCUCGGCGGAAUCAUCAACAAGAAAAAGAACCGACUUUUUGAGACAAUGACGACGGCAAGCUGCUUCGUGUGUAUCGGCUGCGGCUUAAUGACGACACUGUCGUCGUCUGUGGAACUGGAACCCAAAGCACUUGGUUUCCUUACAUUUAUCGGCUUUGGCUUUGGUUUGUCAGCCACUUCCUCAACCGUCCUAGGAGCCACGGAGUCCGAGAUUCCAGAUCAUGCCCCCGCACAAGGAAUCAUCGCACAGGUGCGAAUUCUCGGUGGCAGUCUGGGAAUCGCCGCGUCAACGGCCAUCUUGGGCAACUUCAUGCGAGACGAGUUGACUGGCGUGCUCACCCCGGGACAGCUGUCGUCGCUCCACGGGGCAGGGGCGAACUUGACGGAGGCGCAAGCCGCAGCCGUGCGUCAAGUCUAUACCGACUCCUUCUGCAAAGACAUGCAAGUGGGAGCUAUUCUAUCUGGCAUAGCGAUCCUACUCAGUUUUGGCGUCUAUCGUCGAAAUCGUGUCACCAUCGAGGAGCAGCGACAAAUGCACAUCAGAACCGAGGUGGAGAGGAGACGGAGGGCAUCGGCAGCCACGACGUUGGUUUCUUCAACAACAACGGACUGA